AUGAACAACCAUAAUGAAUCCAGUGCCUCCGAGAGAUCACCCCUCCUCCAAGAUAGCAUUAAUGUCGAUGUAGACGUGUCGCUUCCUCUGGAAAUACCACACACCUUACCACCCAGGCUCAAGCGUCGAGUCAUCCUGCUUCUGUAUAGCUUUGCGUUCUUUAUGAUGCUUGGAGACAAUCUACAGCCAGCAGCACUUAUUCAAAUAUUUGAAAAUGUUAUCUGUGAUGACUACUACAGCAUGCACGCCCUGCCUUCAGCAUUGGAUAUCACCGCUUCUCCAACAUCUCAGCUAGCUGAUCGAUGCAAGGCACAAGCUGUGCAGAAAGAAGUUGCGCUGGUGCGCGGCUUCCACCAACUAGUUCCCGUCUUCGCGGCCGUGCUGUGCACUGUGCCGUAUGGCCUUCUGGCGGAGCGCGUUGGGCGGAAGCGUGUACUCUUCCUGAGCGGCGCUGGGGUUCUCGCCGCGCUUUCCUGGGUGCUGGCUGUCUGCUACUGGCGAUUUGUUUCGAUUCGUUGGGUCUGGCUCUCUGGCGCUUUUCUCUUUAUCGGUGGCGGUGAUGCGGUCACCUCCAGUGUCGUUCAUAUUAUGGUUACUGAUGCCACUGUCCCGGCCGAACGCGCGCAAAUCUUCCUAUUUCUCCACGCGGCGGAUGUGAUUUCAGGCUUCCUAGGGCCAGCUCUCAGCGCCGCAUUGAUGGAGAAAGGAUAUACCUGGACUGUCUUGCUACUUGCUGAGGGCGUACUGUGCUCUGGCAUCAUUCUGCUUACGCAAUUCAUUCCAGAAACGCUGAACUUAAAGGAGAAGUUGACCUUUGACACGAUGUCCCCGCAAGUUGGACAGUCAUGUCCACGGCGCUUGGAAUUGGAAUUGUCAAGCUCGACCAAAGCAGCAACCAAUUUUUUCGCCCAAAUUUCUGCCUUACUGGCCCCUCUACUUGGUGUGCUGACAUCCAACCCACAAGCCCUGUUACUGCUCUGCAUUUUCGCGCCUCAAACUGCUGCCCGGGACCUCUUCACUAUGAUCGGCCUGCAAUACUCCAGUGCCAAAUACUCUCUCCCCUACAGCCGAGGAAACGUGCUUCUAUCCGUUUUUCAAGGCGCCCAGGGUCUGUGUGUCCUCGUGCUACUUCCCUUAAUAACCCACUUCAUCGCCGACCGACGGGGAUGGACCGCCUGGGCUCCUGUUGCACCAGCUUUGGCGAUUGAGGCCACAGGGCUGCUGCUCGUGGCGGUUGGCAGCUGUACAACAGGGUUUCUGAUGAGUUUGUUAGGCGCAGCUGUGCAGCCGGGUGAGGUGAGCGCAGUGUAUAGCGCGGCGCUGAUGCUCAGCAUUGUGGUACGGAGUCUUAUGGGACCAGUGGCUAGUAUGCUGUUUGUGAAGGGCCUGGAGCUGGGGUGGCAUUGGAUGGGCCUGCCAUUCGCAGCAGCGGCCGUGCUGAUGACAGGCAUGGCUAUAGCGAGCGGCUUCAUCUGUUUAGAGAAGAAGGAUCCUGUCGAAGUGCACUCUUGUUAA